UUGGAAAGGCUGUGCAGGCACUUGGAGAAGGGAAGGGAAGAGACAUGAAGGCUUCCUUGGACACAAACAGCUUUUGAGCUUGGUGGAGAAUGUGCUGGAGGGCAAAACCAAGAGCCUCCUCUCUGCGUGUUUCUCAAGUGUCUUCUGGCUUCCCCCAGAAAGGGAAAUGCCACGCUCAGGCGCUUCCCUCUACAUCAAGAUGCUGCUGGACUUCACCAGAGCUGAGAGAGUUGUGUGGGAGAGGGCUGUGGGCAGGAUUGGUGUCCUGACCCUUUUGCCAUCCAAUUAUUCCACUCUGGAGAGCGAUCUGAAGACACCUACAGGGCAGAUGGAGGAGUCCCGUGGUCGGACUGUGCCUGAGCGGCCUCUGCAGGCCCCAGAAAGGGCAAACGAUUCCAGCUGGUUGCCUGUAUAUGAAGAAGCAGAGGAAGCUGUGGAUUUCAUCAUGGCCUUUGUCAGCAGCCUUGACAAGGACACCCACAAGUUCACAUUUCUGAAGAGUGUCUACGUGCUGUGCAAAACCGCCUUGAAACGUGGCUUGACCCAGGGCCUGGAUUUAUUCUGCCAAACGUGCGAAGUGGUGGACAACAUCAAGGACAUCCUGGAAAAGGAGCCAAGGGACCAUGUGUCCUUACGGGUCCGGUAUCUCGCCAUGAUUGCCAUCGAUGAAUUAAGCUUGGUGGAGAAUGUGCUGGAGGGCAAAACCAAGAGCCUCCUCUCUGCGUGUUUCUCAAGUGUCUUCUGGCUUCCCUCAGAAAGGGAAAUGCCACGCUCAGGCGCUUCCCUCUACAUCAAGACCCUGAAGGCCAUGGACACAAUGCUGAGGACACUGGUGCUCAGCUUUCCUGUCUCCAGUGUCAGCCAGGAGCUGCAGGACAUCUUUGAGAUGCUGCUGGACUUCACCAAGUCUGAGAGAGAAGUUGUGCAGGAGAGGGCUCUGGGGAGGAUCGGUGUCCUUACUUAUUUGAUGUCCAACUAUUCCAUUCUGAAGGCCUCUGUCAACUUUGGAAGAGACAGUUCUGGACGUGUCUGCCCUGAAGACAUCUCAAUCCCAAUCGUGGGAAAGCUGCUGGCACGUCUCAUUCUUUUCCGAUGUUCCAGUGAACAUACAAGCUAUACAGCCUUCCAUGCUCUUUUCUCCCUCGCUGAAUUCCUCUACAAGUCAAGGCCAAUUGACAGGUCAGACCAGCUCGUUUGGGAAGGUGUGACCACCUCCUCCUUGUGUUCCCUGAGCACCAAGGACUGUACCCAGGCCUUUGGAAGAUAUCUCCGCUCUAGCGAGAGGACAGACGUCAUCCUCGAGGCCAUUGGGGCGUUGAGAGAUGACAGCAUCCUUGACAAGGAGGUGCCCAGCAGCAUGCUGGAUGUGGCCAUGAGAGACCCAGACUCCUGGCUGAUGGAUGUGCCCAAGAUAGUGAGCUGCAUCCUUGAAACCCUGCCAUGCAUCACCACGGAGUCAGGCUGUAAGAAAGUGGAGUCACUGUUUCUCCUGAUGACCAACGAGUAUGGCUCAGCAGUGCUCAUCAGCCUGUGUGAGAUGGCUUUUCAAGGAGACAGCACUGUGCAGGAACUGUGCGACACUCUGUCCUCCAUGCCUGAGAUCUUGGACAAGGUCCUAACGGAAUUGGCUACCUUGCUCCGCAACCAGUGGUGCAACCCUCGCAGAGAAGGCACCUGCGCCUCUCGCAGAGCCUCGUCCUCGGGGCAGAUUGACGUGGAGGAGUUGGGUGACGAGCCCAACGUCUGGAGCGAUCAGGAGCAUGUCGAUGUGCUGAUGGCCUUCGUGUUGCUGGAAGUCCUCGCUGAGCUGUCAGAGAGAGCUGAGAUGGCAAAAAAAGUUGACGCCUUCCUGCCAAGCAUGAUGAAGAUACUGGAAGCUGGCAGUGAAGAUGAAAAGCUGAAGAUCAUUGUGGUCUUCCGAAAUAUCCUGGGUCAGCUGAAAAAGGCAAAGGCCAGCUCCAUCGCCAUGAUGCUGGUGGGGAAGGUGCUGCCGCUCUUUGACUCGGAGUGCAGCCAGCUGCGAGAGCUCUCCCUGUUGCUCUUCAGAGACCUGCUGAAGGCUGUGUUGAGUAGGGAUGAGAAGAAGAUGAGGAGGAACAUUCAGAGUGCUCUGGUCCCUCUUCUCUUCCGUCUGAAUGACCAUAUCCCCAGCGUGGCUAAGGCCUCCAGGGAAGCCCUUUUUGCUGCUGCAGAGCUUCUCAAAUGGAAGCAGCUCAAGCACCUGCUGCAGAGAGAGCGGAUGUGGGAGCUUGGAGAAUGCUUGCUGCUGAGGAGGAGCAGCAGGGCUGAAGAGUACAUGCAUCAGAGCCUGCCCUACCUGAGGGACUCUCAGUCCUCCGUGCGCCUGGCGGCCGUCAGGUUCAUCAGUGAGUCACAGCCCCUGGCCCCUUUUGGGCCAGCCUGGCCACUUCCUUGCCACUGCACUGGCAGCAAGGGGCAACCCUGUGGCAACCCCAACCACCCCAUGCCGAGGCUCAGCCUCCCUCUGCCCCUUGCCACAAGCUGGGCUUGGUGA